AUGCUGCAGGACGCUGGGCCGCUACGGAAUGAUGGGAGUGACAAGUUUUUUGGAAUGGAAAACGCGCAAUUCGGUAACACCUGUUACUGCAACUCGAUUCUUCAGUGUCUCUUCUACUCCGUCCCGUUCCGAGAGUCCGUGAUCAAUUACCCUCGACGCUCACCUCCUGGAGUCCUAACCGAUGCCCUGGCCAAUAACCUUCAUUACCCCGAUCCGAAUAUCCCCCUCGAAGAACUUCUCAAACCGAAACAGCCGCCAAAUGCGACACCAAAACCGAAUACACCUGGAAAGCCUGUCAACGCCCCUCCCGCCCAGCAGCAUAAGCCGGAGGAUAAAGACUCGGGGGAAUACAAAAAGAAGGUUGCCCUGCAUACACUCCCCUUGCUAGAAACGACAGACAAUUCCGCUAGCUAUGGGAUGAAAGAGUCGCUCUUCACUUCGCUAAAAGACAUGUUUGAAGCCGUUGCCGCGAGUCCAGAACGGAUGGGCGUAAUUCGCCCAUAUCACUUCUUGGAGGUUCUGCGGCGAGAACACGAAAUGUUCAGAACAACUAUGCACCAGGAUGCCCAUGAGUUCCUCAAUCUGCUCCUGAAUGAAGUCGUAUCUAACGUAGAGGCUGCCCAGCUUUUGUCCGAUGCGGACGAGGAAUCUGAUGAUAGCGAGGGAGCAUCCGAACGAACCGCGACGGACAGCUCUGUUUCCACAGUUCCUUCCAAAUCCCAAAACACUCGAUGGGUCCACGAACUCUUUGAAGGAACCUUGACCUCAGAAACGCAAUGUCUCACGUGUGAAACUGUUUCACAACGAGAUGAAGUGUUUCUCGAUUUAUCCGUUGACCUCGAGCAGCAUUCAUCGGUGACGGCGUGUCUGCGAAAAUUCUCAGAGGAGGAGGUCCUCUGUGAACGCAACAAGUUCCACUGUGAUAAUUGCGGAGGCCUGCAAGAGGCAGAGAAAAGAAUGAAAAUUAAACGUUUACCCAAAGUUUUGGCACUACAUCUAAAGAGAUUCAAAUAUUCCGAAGAAUUAGACCGACUGCAAAAGUUAUUUCAUCGAGUGGUAUACCCUUACUAUUUACGUUUAUUUAACACAACAGAUGAUGCUGAAGACCCAGAUCGCCUCUAUGAGUUAUACGCUGUCGUGGUGCAUAUUGGCGGUGGGCCGUAUCAUGGGCACUAUGUUGCUAUCAUAAAGACCGUGGAUAGAGGCUGGCUUCUCUUCGACGACGAGAUGGUCGAACCCGUCGAUAAGAGUUUCGUUCGAAAUUUCUUCGGAGAUCGCCCUGGCCUAGGUUCUGCCUACGUGCUAUUUUACCAAGAGACCACGCCUGAAGCAAUGGCGCGAGAAUUAGCCAAAGAGAAAGCGCAGACUCCUCGAAAUGCGGCGGAAUCGAAAGACUGUACCUCUUCCUUGGCGAAAGCGAACGGACAGUCAGUGUCUCCGGCAAAGAUAGAUCGAACCAAGAGUGCUGUGGACGCAAUACCUACCACCGAGACAGUUCCGCUGAUGUCAACAACAACUGCACCCGCAAAUCUCGCUCCAAACCCCGGGGAAAUGGUGUCCACCUCGCCUCCUAAUACUACGCCUAAAAUAAAAUCUCCCAGCCCCUUUUCUAUCCCCAACAUAAGCGAAAUGCGGAUGAAAUUUGAGCGGUCGAGAGCGGGGAAAGAGGAAGAAAAGCAGAAAAAGGAGCAUGAAAGGGAGCAAAAAAAGCAAACCAAAGAUGCCAGAGAAUUGGAGGAAUCCCAGCUCAGAGCCGCAUUGGCACAAAGUAGAGUUUCAAAAGCCCGGGAGGAUCAACUCAAUGCCGCCAAAGCUGAAAAGGAAAACACAAAAGGUGGCCUUAAUAGAUUCCGACUUGGGAGUAGGAGCAUCAGCCAGUCCAAGAUUUUCAACAGAGAGAAGGGGAAUAAUACAGCCCCGCCGCCAGACGCUCCGCCUGUACCGCCUGUACCGCCUCUGAACAGCAUGCCAGAAUCGACUACAGAUGUCUCGUCCCCUGGGCAGCCGUCCAAUGCUUCAACGGAUGACGACAAAGACGAUUCGACGAACGCCACCACUGUCUCCACGCAGGAACGGAAAUCUCUCAACUAUCGUGCUGAUACAUUGCCCAAGAUCCCUCAUAUCAGCAGCAAUGGUGAUCUCAAAAAGUCUCGACGAGAACCCUCCUCAAAGCGAAGCCGUUUCAAUUUACGGAAAAAAUCCUUUAGUGUAUUCUAG